UUAGCGAAACGAAAGUGACGAAAGUAGCUGCAGCCGGGAGGUGCAUCGUAGGGAUCGUAGUUGUCCUGUAAAUCGGUACAUUUUUCGGCGAUCGAUCGGAAACCCUCUGAAAUCAAGCGCAUCUUCGUUAGUUGGCGCAGUGUAUACACACUUUACCAUUGCCUCGAACCAUUGGGCACCUCCCGCAGGUGCCGCUUGCGAUGCGAUCUCCGAGCCGAAAGUGGGGCGUUCGCCAGCACCGUCGAUGCAGUAGUUGACAGCGGGGCGAAACUCCUCGGGGAACUGUCGCACUGGUUUCCGACGACCAUGGACGGGGUCCAGCUCAAGGUGGCUCGCCAGGUGGAGAACAUCAAGUUGUUCCAGGAGGCGCUCGCCAAGAGCAGUCAGCUGAGCAAGGGCAUGUGCGCCAUCCUGUCGUCGUUCGACGAGCGCCUCAUGAAGCUGGAGCGCACCAUCCUGCCCGUGUACCACGAGACGGGGAACUUGCAGAGGCGCCAGGAGAACAUCGAGCGCACGCUGGCCCAACUCGAAGAGGUGGUGCAGCUCUAUGGGGUGUCCCAGAUGGCCAAGCCCAAAAUCAGUCAAGGUCCCAGUGAUCAGAACCUGGACAGCUUCCUUGAGGCCAUGGAGCAAGUGGAAAAGGCGCGAGACUACUUCGAACAGAACAGUCCGCACAACAUUGAGGCCAACCUGCUCGAGCAGCUCUUCAACGAGGGUGUUGCGGGAUUGCAGGCCGAGUUCGAGGCCUUGCUGGUGCGGCACAGUCGCCCAGUCGCGCCCAUCGCCAUUUUGGAUCUCGUAGAGGCAGAGUGUCCACAGUCCUCCACGCCUCCCGCAAAUGCCGCCGCUGCGCUGGAGCCUCUUCCAGCCGCCGUGGUGAACGACCUGUCUCGCAUCUCGACCUGGCUCCGCAAGCGGAACCUCUCGGAGCACCUGGACGCGUACGCGACUCAGCGCUCGCGCGUCCUCGUGCGUUCCAUGCAAGCCCUACGCGAGCACCAUAAGACCGGUUCUGCAAGCAGUGGCACGCUCCCGCCGCAGCCCUCGUCAUCACCGCAGCUGGGCGCGAACCGCAAGAGCCGCGUGCCGCGCCGCCUCCACGAUGCCUUGAUGCGAGGCCUGAGGCGUGCAACGGACGUUGCGGGCCUCCAGGAGACGACGUCGCGCGAUGAGCUCCUAGAUCAGGAGGUCGAGGCGUAUCUCACAACGCUGACGGCGCUGUGCCGCCUCAUGCAGGCCGAGGACGAGCUCCUGUGCAAGGUCCUGGGGCCGGACCCACCGCUGCCCUUGGAACGAGUUGUCCUGGCUGCACUGGAAGCGGUCACCCAGGAAGGCGAAGCCCUCGCCGGACGCGUCAAACGUUGUGUCGCCCGGCACGACUUCGUCAGCGUUCUCUGCCUCUUCCCAGUCCUCCAGCACGUGCGGGCGCUUCGUAAAGACUACGAGUCGCUGUUGUCCGGGCCGACCUCAGGCCGUGCAGCGGCCGCACGCCUUCCUGGUCUAGCUGUCACCCUCCAGACAACGCUGAACAAGGCACUGGAGGAGCUCGUCGACAGUGUCAAAGGAGACCCAGAGGGCAAGAUGCCGCGAGACGGCACCGUGCACGAGCUCACCAGCAAUGUGAUGGUGGUGCUUGAACAGUUACUGGGCUUCGUCGAGGCUGCCGGGGCCGUGCUGGCCGUCUGGGACCUCGCAUCAUUCAGUCAAAGCCGGGAUCCUAACCGUGCUGCCCUGGCGCAGUACGUAACCAGAGUUCUGUCGGUGCUUAACCUGACGCUGCACAACAAGAGCGCGCGGUACGAAGACCAAGCCCUACAGGCUGUCUUUAGGCUGAACAAUCUACACUAUGUUCUGAGGGCUCUCGUGCGGUCGGGUCUUUUGGAGGUCGUCCAGAUGUACGAGCCCUCCCUGGGAAAGCAGUACGAAGAGCAGAUCAGGGACCAGAAGCGGCUCUACUCCCAGAGCUGGAGUCGCGUCCUCCACUAUGUUCUUGAGGUGGACCGACCGCUGUCUACGUCCGCCGUUGCGGCGGGCGGCGCCAAACUGAGAGACAAGGACCGGCAGACCAUCAAGGACAAGUUCACUGGAUUCAACCGCGAGCUGGAGGAGCUGUACCGUGUGCAGAAGGCAUACGCCGUACCUGACGUCGAACUUCGAGAGAGCCUGAAGCGCGACAACAAGGAGUUCGUGCUGCCCAAGUACAAGAUGUUCUAUGACAAGUACGUUUCAGUACCCUUUACCAAGAACCCGGACAAGUACCUCAAGUACACGCCACUCCAGGUGUCCAACCUGAUUGACCAGUUCUUUGAUGCGGCUGCGUGAUUCAACCUUGCAAGUGUAGUAAGCAUGCCUUUUUGUGAAUCUUGUUAUUUAAAUAAACCUUUACUUUCAUCCUUGUUC